AUGGGCUCCAAUUCUCCACCUCCGAGAGCUAGGGCGUUUGAGCGGUACCACUCGGAGCCACGCCCCAUCAGGAUUGCGCAUGUCGGCGCUGGGCCGGCAGGGCUAAUCACCGCAUACAAAGCCCGCAAGAUGCUACCGCAUUGCGAGCUUGUGCUUUACGAGAAAAAUGCAGCCGUUGGCGGCACGUGGUUUGAGAACCGAUACCCCGGUAUCGGAUGCGAUGUCCCAUCGCACUCGUACAACUUUACCUUUGAGCCGAAUCCCGAGUGGAACGGAUACUAUUCCUACGGCGACCAGAUCCAGGACUACUUUGUGGAUUUCUCUAAGAAGUAUGAUCUCGAACGGUAUGUGCAGUUUGAAACAACUGUUAUCAGUGCAACAUGGCUGGAUGCGAAUGGAGAAUGGGAGUUAGAGUUAAGACGCAAAAACGGAACGACAUACCUGGAUCGAUGCCACGUCCUGAUAAACGGGUCGGGGCUGCUGAAUAAGUGGAGAUGGCCCGAUAUCAAGGGCCGCGAGACGUACAAGGGCGUUAUCACACACACGGCGAACUGGGAUCCGGCGAUUGACUGGAAAGACAAGCGGGUUGCUGUCAUUGGAGUUGGAUCUAGUGGUGUCCAGGUAGUGCCAGAGCUAGUGAAAGGCUCAUCUUCACUGACCGUAUUCAUCCGAUCCACGCAAUGGAUCGUCCCCCCAGCAGCAUUCCAAGACCUGCGCGUAUUCCCCGAUGACCCAGAGAAGUCAGCCAAGCCAGCUCCAGCAGGGAAGCAUUUGUACACCGAGGAUGAGAAGACGCUGUUCCGGACUGACCCUGAAAGGUUCCUCAAGUACCGUAAGGCCGUGGAUGGGGUCAUGCAAGAGCGUUUUCCGAUUUUCCUUCGACAGCACCCGCUCCACGAGUCCACAAAGCCUAUGAUCAGAGAACUGGUAAGACAGCAGUUUGGAGAUCGGGACGAUCUGGUGAAGCUGUUCACGCCCGACUUUUCCCCGGGGUGUCGGAGACCGACACCAGCCGAUGGCUUGGCUAAGGCUCUCGUUCAAGACCAUGCCCUCGUGGUCACCACGGAAAUCGCCCACUUCACUGAAACAGGGAUCCAGAUGACAGACGGUGAACACCAUGAGUUCGACCUGAUUGUCUGUGCCACGGGCUUUGAAAUCGCCUUCGCGCCACACUUCAAAGUAACCGGAAAGGCCGGCCGCACAAUGCACGAGGAAUGGGAAGAGCAACCGAAUAUUUACCUCAGUAUGGCGACGCCGAAUUUCCCGAAUUUCUUCUUCAUCGCGGGGCCCACGGGGAAUUGGGCACAGGGGUCUCUCCUGAUCACGCACGAGAUCCAAGCCGAAUACGCGCUCCAAUGCGCCGCAAAAAUAAGUCUCGAGAACCUGCACUCGCUAACCCCAAGGCAAGACGCGACAAGCCAAUGGCGGCGACAUGUGGAUGCUUGGCACGCAAAGAACUCAGUCUGGACAGAGGACUGCAAAUCGUGGAUGAAGUACAAAGGGAAGAUCCAGAUCUGGAGCGGGAGUAUGCUGCAUAUGAUCAAGACGCUACGGGCGCCGCGGUUUGAGGACUUUGAGAUUGUGCGGCGGGAUGAGGGCAAUAUGUGGGAAUUUUUGGGGGAUGGGAGGACGCUUUUGGAGAUGAGGAGGGAAAGGGGGGAGGAUGUUGAUAUGUCGCCGUUUUGUAGGAUCCGCGACGAGCCGUGGGAGCUUGAGUAG